CGUGGAUGAAUUUGGCACGAACAAAACACCCGACCCUGUUUACGCAGUUACCGAUAUUUGGCGAGUUCCAAUAUUCUUUCUUAAGAAUUAAAAAAAGUCAGCAACGGCAUAUUCUAAUAUUCCGCCUUUGCUCGUGCUUUGCUCUUCUCAUAUGCUCUUCUCAAGAACGGAUAAUAAUUGCCGCCUAUUUCCGAAUCGAUGAAUUGUAGCUCUUCUCAUAUGCUCCACCCAAGCUUCCGAGUGAGACAUUCCUUCUCCUACUACAGGGUACAAGAAUCUUGAAAGCAUUGUUGGAGGAAGAUAAAAGAAAAAGGAGUGGUUUCGUUUCUUUCAUGCGAGAUUGAGGUUUCAUCACAAUCUAAAACAAAAACAAAGAAAGAAAAGAAUGGGCCUGAAGCGUCGAUUCACUUGCUUAAUCUUUGGAUUGGGUUUGAUUACGAAUCUCACCCUGAUAUCCGGCGGGGUGACCAGUAGCUAUGCGACGGAGCACGGAUCAAACCCCGAUAUUAGCGAUAUGCCUUUGGAGAGUGAUGUCUUCAGAGUCCCUACUGGCUGCAAUGCGCCCGAGCAGGUACAUAUAACACAAGGGGAUUAUGAGGGGAAGGGAGUGAUUAUCUCUUGGAUUACACCUCAUGAACCUGGAUCAAACACGGUGGCUUACUGGGCUGCUGAGAAAAGUAAUGUUAAGAGCCGUGCUGAAGGAAUCGUUGUGGCCUACAAGUUUGGUAAUUACACCUCUGGCUAUAUUCAUCACUCCACCAUAAAAAACCUAGAGUAUGAUACAAAAUACUACUAUGAACUGGUGGGUGGAUUGGGGGAUGAUGCUACGAUUCGGCAGUUUUGGUUUGUUACUCCUCCUAAACCUGGACCUGAUGUUCCUUAUACAUUUGGUUUAAUAGGGGAUCUUGGUCAGACUUAUGAUUCUAACACCACAUUGACCCAUUACCAAUUUAACCCUGUAAAAGGACAAACAUUGCUGUUCGUGGGAGACCUCUCCUAUGCAGAUAGGUAUCCAAAUCACGAUAACAACAGGUGGGAUACAUGGGGAAGGUUUAUAGAGAGGGUUGCUGCCUAUCAACCAUGGAUAUGGACUGCAGGAAAUCAUGAAAUUGAUUUCGUCCCUGAUAUUGGUGAAACAGUACCGUUUAAACCAUACACACAUCGAUUUUAUGUGCCAUUUGAAGCAUCAGGAAGCACUUCGCCUCUUUGGUACUCUAUAAGAAGGGCUUCAGCACAUAUCAUUGUCUUGUCUUCUUACUCGGCUUUUGGUACAUAUACACCACAGUGGAAAUGGUUGGAAAGUGAACUAGCGAAAGUGGAUAGGAGGGAGACAGCGUGGCUCAUUGUGCUCAUGCACUGUCCAAUGUAUAGUAGUAACAUGCAUCACUACAUGGAAGGGGAAUCGAUGCGAGUGCUAUAUGAACCCUUGUUUGUGGAGUACAAAGUUGACGUUGUUUUCGCGGGUCACGUUCACUCUUAUGAACGAUCUAUCCGCGUAUCAAAUGUUGCCUAUGACAUAGAGAAUGGACAGUGCAGCCCUGCAAAAGAUGGAUCUGCCCCUAUAUAUAUAACCAUAGGAGAUGGUGGAAAUUCAGAAGGAUUAGCCAUUGAGAUGAGACAGCCACAGCCAAGUUACUCGGCAUAUAGGGAAGCUAGCUUUGGUCACGGGAUGUUAGAUAUCAAGAACCGAACACAUGCCCGUUUUGGAUGGCAUAGGAAUCAAGACGGGCUUGCUGUUGAAGGUGACUCCUUAUGGCUCAUUAACAGAUAUUGGAAGUCAUCAUUGUCGUCCUCAUUAAAGGCCGGGAGAGCUGCCACCUCCAUAUGAUAUGUGUGUGUGUGUGUGUGUGUCUAUUAUGCUGGUGCGGUUGGACAAAGUUGCAGCAGCUGGUGGCUAGCUGAAUUGAACUGAGCAUCUUUCUACUCCCAAGUUUGUCUGUAGUGCGUGUACAUUAGUUAUUAUUCGUUUCCUUCUUACUCUCUAGUUUGUCUGUUGGAGAAUGCAAAGUAUUCCGUAUUAUUUAGGUCUGAACGUUCUUACCAACUAUGUACUUAUCUAGUUGCCAAAUGCUUCACAGCCAUGAUUGUCAUCCAGAAUGAGUGGCAGCUUUUGGUGUUAUCCCAAGUUUCGCAGUUGGAGAAUGCAUGAAAAUAUCAUUUAUCUAGCUGCCAAGUGCCAAAUGCUUCACGGG